GUCCCAAACGCGUAAGGAGGCCUUGCCGGAUCGGGACUUCCGGGGUAACCAGCCGUGUUUGGCUUUUUAGUUUAGGCAGUCUGUUUGUUUGUCGCUUCUGCCUGCCGAGUCUCUCGAGUAUGGGGAAUAUUUUAUCGCGCUGUAGUCCUUAUUGUUUAUUGUUUAUCAGACAUCUCGCAGCACUCUGGCCGGUCCUCGUUCUAUGACCUCUGUCGGAAUAUAUUAACGAUCACGUCGGUCUUGCUUGCGACACCAUCUACCACCGGCCUUUACCCCACAUAUAUAACCAUGGUGAUGGACACCAGGCAGUCUCGUCGAAAGAGACGAAACAGUGCUAUUUCUAGCUCAGUUCCAUGCUCCCCUACUACCUCGUGCAGAGUUACUCGACAGACCAAGGCUUCAACCUGCGAGACUCCCCGUCAGCCAGCCAAGAGGGUCCGUUUUUCCGACCCCGGUCCCCAGCUAGAGAAUGACAAGGACUAUUCAACCGGGCUCACGCCUGCCAUGCUUCGCACGUCGUUUGAUGAAUCGGCAACUUCAGACGUGCCUCGUACCCCGAGUCGGGCGGCGCGACGACGCUCAACUCCGCUCCCGCGGCGCCGUUCGUUGGAUCCUCUGCUGGACUCUGCUACUUCCGAACGAGUGGUGCAGUUCACCCCGCUGCGGCAAAUCCUGGACUCUCGGACCCAACGGCGAAUCCGUCGGGUCGGGCUAAGUGAUGAGAUCAACAAUCACCAACGUGAGAAGCGAGAGGUCGCCCAAUACGAAAAGACUCUGCAGACCCUGUUGCAGGAGAGGGAUGCUCUGAAAAAGGAGCUAGAGUCGAGCCAAAGAACUCGGGACACUCCCGACAGCCUCUCCUCGGGUGAGGACACGGUGUGCUUGUCACCUCAGGCAAAGAUUAACCAUUUGGAAUCCGAAAAUGGUCGCCUGCGAGAGGAGAUAUCCUCGUCGUUUCUUUCGUGCCAACACCAUUCCGAUGCCGCGCCGUCUGAAGGUGACACGAUAAGCAUCAACGAUACCGGAUUUGAAGGGGAUACAAUACUCAUGUCGUAUUCUCCGGAUCUCCGCGGGUCCGACGAACACCCGACGCCUGGGUUAAAUGACCUUCCUCCUCUAACUCCAGAGCGUUCACUUCAUGAGCCCUCUCCAGCGGCGCCCUGGUCUGGAAAUAGCCGAGACGUAGAGAUCCUUGCCCUUUCACGGGAUCUAGAAGCCGCUAGGAAGGAAAAGAAAGACUUGUUUAACGCAUGUCGAGCUCGAUUUGCCUCUUUGGAGGGCACGCCCCUGGAACACCAUCUGCGGCAAACCUCUCCGCCACCAGAGUUUUUCGAUCAGCUUGUCCCUAGCCUAACAGAAGCCGUCUCACGGGCCUCUGAUGCCGUUGGCGCUCUUGAUUCGGUCAAAAGAGAAAUAUCUGGUCUAGGUUUCCCUGGCGAGGACGUGGAAGAGAUCGUCCACGAGAUGCGUGAUAGGUUCCGCUCAGCCCGCCUUCAGUUAGAGCGCGCAGUUCCCGGAGAGACCGCCAACGCUGGCCUGAACGACGGGAAUGCUACCUUGGGCGCCUUGGUGAAGCGCGUCGAGUUACUUGUCGGGAGCCUUGGGGAAGAGCAAGUGCGCCAUGAAGGCACCGUUGGCCGCGAAAAAGCCUUGCGUGGACAGUUUGACGACUUGUUAGAGCGAUAUGAGGGUGCAUCGAAGAAGAUUGGAGACCUCGAAGCCUCCAUUGCUGCAACAGCCGGAGACAUGAUCCACACGAGAAUGCAACUGCAGGAACUUGAACGUGAGGGGCAAGAGCAGACCGUCGGGAUCGAGCGACUAAACGAGGCGCUCAGCAAGUAUCGCGACGAGGUGAAGAGCCUGGAGAAACUUGUGACGGACCUGGAAAAGGAAAAGGCCACGGCCAACGAGAAACACAACGAACAAGUCUCGAAGUUGGAAACUAAAGUGGCGGGCGAAAUGGAAGCCCGCCGGGCAGCGGAGUCGGCCCUUGCGGAGCGAGAGGCACGAAUUCAUGGAUUGGAAGCGACUGUCGAGCAAAAUCGAGUUCGCGCGUGCGAUCUAACCGCCAGGGUUGAGUCAAUUGAGCGAGAACGUCAACAAACCAUUGAGGGCCUGGAACAGCAAGCGACCGACCAAAUCCAGCGCCACCAACAGGAAAUGGGAUCGAUGAACGUCCGUGUUUCAGAACUGACGACAUCGCUUGAAGGCGCUAAAUCGGAGAUGGACAAACUCCGUCGCGGCAACACAGAUUUAGAGGAGCAAUUGCAUCUCGAAGUCGAGGCCCGGGAUAGCCUGCUGGACAGGUGGGCUGCAGACCAAGCGCGGUCCUUUGCCUUUAUGAAGGAAACAGUCAACGCAGAACGGCGGAGAGCGAAAGUCCGCACCGCCAAUUUCGAGCUCAAGUCGGACGAGCUGCAAUCCGACAGUACGAAUCCAGGCAGUGAGCCGAUCACUCCAGUCAGCUUGACACGGUUUGUCGAUGUGGAGGUCGGACGAGGAAAGCAGCGGAGAAAACUUGACAGUGGAAUUGGUAUUCUAACCGACGAAGACGUCCUGGAUGAGGCUGGUGAGAAUGAUAAUCGUGUGCUGCUUCCUUCUGAUCCAGCCGAUCUUUAGUUCUUGUUCAACUUUGGGUAAUUUGAAAUUCUUUCCUUUGUUGAAACACGCAGUGUACUCUUGCUGUGAGCUCGGUCUUUGGAUUUCGGGUACUUUGUAAAGAUAAUUAGGGUAGUUGAACAGAGAAUGAAAACUUGCUUGAUCUAU